UGGAUGGAAAGCGUCUCAAAAGUAACGCGCACAGACGGAGUUUUUAACGUUUUCACCUGCAAUUCAGCUUCGGUAGCACGACUCUGCUCUUCAGAACAGCUUCCUAACAGCAGCAGCAGGAGACCAGCAGUAACUUACAUGACUUUCUUUACUCUGUUUGUGAAGGACUGAAGCCAAGAAGCAACUGGGGAUCUUCACAGUCUUCUUCCAUCUUGAACAGCUGCUUAUCGAUGCAUUUAACAAGGCCAACGUCCUCCAAGGGGCGAAGCAGACCCACCGUAAACAACUCUGAAUACACAGGUGACACAGGCAGCAUCCAGGGGCCACCUGCGUCUCCAGACUCACCUGUGUGCAGCAGGCCGGACAGAAGCCUCCGCUCCCAGUCCCAGCCCAUAAUGUGGCAGGCCAGCCAGCUGAGCCCGGACGAAGUUGUGCAGAUGCUGCAGCACCCCCCUGCUGCUCCACGGCAGUCCUUAAACAAGUACAAGGUUCUCCCCUCCAUAGAGAGGAGGCCGUCAGAGAGUCCUGGGAGAAGCCUGGAGAAUCAGAUGUCCAAGCUCGGCCUGUCUGAUGAUGCCCUCCUGCAGCAAAGGCACAGGCACGAGGAGCCGGAUCUCCCCGCAGAGACCCAGACCAGCAGCUCCGAGGUGGACAACAGGGCUGAUGUGCACCCAAGGGUCAUCCCUAAGCCCCCCGACCCGGGACCAACGCUGCCCAAAGAGGCUGGUGCCACUGGCAGUUUGCUCCUAGCCAUCCGAGCACCAUGCGGCAGGAGGUUUCAGCAGCACUUUGACCCCACAGACACGCUGCAGGUGGUGAGAGGCAGUGCAGAGGUCAGGUACGGAGCCAAGUACGGAGGCACUUCCAUUGAGACCAUGGAUGUGCCACGCAGGACCUUCACAGACAUGGAUAUGACCCUGGCCCAGUGUGGCGUCUUGAACAGAUCGGUGCUGUGCAUCUCUCAGAAUGACAGUGUGGUGGAGCACGAGUGAGCAAGAGUUACUUUUAAAGUUUUAUAGUUCAAGUGUA